UGUGUGCGCUCACCACUGCUCUGCGCGCGCUCCGGACCGACUGAGAGGAUACACACACACACACACACACCGCGCGGGAGGAGAGGAGCAGCACCGGACCAGGUGUGUGUGUUAGGAGCGCUUUAUUCUCACUGAGUGGUAUGACAUCUCCCCUAAGAAGACUGAAGGCUGAAACUAGUUUCCAUUCAAUAAGUCCAUUUAAUUCUAAUUGGUCCAUGUACUCAUUAUAAUGAAUGUUUAAAAGAACGUGCUAACGCCUCCUGCCAUUCCAGUGCUGGUAAAUCAGAAUUUUUGGAAUAAGGGGGGUAGGACAUGACUCAUUGGCCAUGUGGGCUGCCAUGUUAACAGGCCUUUGUAGCCCCUUCCCCCUCCUCUGGCUAGUCCAGCUUUUAUUCUGGCCAUAUCUCAGUGGACCCCAACUCGUUGAGGCAACUCCCCCAUGCCCUACACUCUGUAGCUGCUCUAAUCAAGCGAGUCGGGUAAUUUGUACCAGGAAGGGACUGGACGAAGUCCCACAAAGCAUCUCAGUCAACACACGAUACCUCAACCUGCAGGAGAAUUCCAUACAGAUGAUCAAAUCCGACACCUUUAAACACCUGAGCCACCUGGAGAUUCUUCAGCUGUCAAAGAAUCAAAUUCGUCAGAUUGAAGUUGGAGCAUUUAAUGGCCUCCCAAACCUCAUUACUCUUGAGCUUUUCGAUAAUCGCUUGCCAUUGGUUCCAUCGCAAGCAUUUGAAUAUCUCAGUAAACUGCGUGAACUCUGGCUGAGAAAUAAUCCAAUAGAAACACUUCCAGCCUAUGCUUUCCAUCGCGUCCCUUCCCUCCGUCGUUUGGACCUUGGUGAACUCCGAAAGCUCAGUUUUAUCUCGGAGGCGGCCUUUGAAGGACUAGUCAACCUUCGGUUCCUAAAUUUGGGAAUGUGUGGAUUGAAAGAUGUUCCGAACUUGACACCACUUGUUAAACUUGAAGAACUGGAACUUUCUGGGAAUCAGCUAGGUGUAGUUCGUCCAGGAUCGUUCCAAGGUCUUGUUUCACUACGCAAGUUGUGGCUUAUGCAUUCACGCAUCUCGUUAAUUGAACGCAAUGCUUUUGAUGACCUAAAGAACCUAGAGGAGCUCAAUCUAUCCCACAAUUCUUUGCAUUCCUUGCCCCAUGAUCUUUUUACACCACUGCAACAGCUUGAAAGGGUUCACCUGAACCACAACCCAUGGGUUUGUAACUGUGAUGUUCUAUGGCUUAGUUGGUGGUUGAAAGAGACUGUGCCAGAUAACUCCACCUGCUGUGCCCGCUGCCAUUCUCCACCUGGCACCAAAGGACGCUACAUUGGGGACCUGGAUCAGAGAGACUUCACUUGCUAUGCCCCUGUCAUUGUGGAGCCUCCAACUGACCUAAAUGUGACUGAGGGAAUGGCAGCGGAACUGAAAUGCCGGACUGGAACGUCCAUGACCUCUGUGAACUGGUUGACCCCUAAUGGAACCCUGAUGACCCAUGGUGCUUACAAAGUACGAAUCUCAGUGUUACAUGAUGGCACCCUAAACUUCACUAAUGUUACCAUGCAGGAUACCGGGCCAUACACUUGCAUGGUGACCAACUCAGCCGGAAACACCACCGCAACUGCUGUACUUAAUGUGUCUGCUUCUGAUCCUGGAACUCCAUACAGCUACUUUACAACCGUCACUGUGGAAACUGUGGAGACGGGGCAAGAUGGCCAUGGCUCUGCUCGGCAGUUUGUCAAUGAAACCUUAAUCCGUUUUCCAGCACCAACGGCACCAUCAGGGUCAUCAGGGCCUUCAGGAUCUGGUCCAUCAUCUCUGUCACCUCAUGUUACCCGUGCUCCAGAGCGCCCGUUCACAGUCUCCAUCACUGAUGUUGCUAAUCUUUCAGGUCUUGAGGAUGUAAUGAAGACAACAAAGAUAAUAAUUGGCUGCUUUGUGGCCAUCACAUUCAUGGCUGCUGUGAUGCUUGUGGUUUUCUACAAACUGAGGAAGCAGCACCAGCUGCACAAGCAUCAUGGUCCUGCCCGUGCCAUUGAGAUCAUCAAUGUUGAGGAUGAAAUGGGACCACCAGGUGGUGCCAGUGGCAUUGCAGGUGGUUCUACACUUCACUCUGGGGCAGGACCAGUAUCUGGGGGUGGACCUGGAGCAAAUCUUCGGAUCCAUGACUCUGAAAUCGUCACCCUGCCCAACAUUGGGCGCUCAGAUCACAUCAAUCACUACUACAAACCUCACCACUUUAACAACAAUGUUUUAGGACUCAACAUUGGGGUGGGGCAAACUGGCAACAAAACAAGCCCUUCCAGCAAAAAGCAGGCCUCAUCUAACAAUCAAACCGGCACAGCUGUUGAUGCCACUAAUCCUGGAUCUGUAUCUCCGCCGUUACCGAUUCCAAUCCCUAUGGCAAUGACUUUCCAUGGAACACUGAAGAGCUUAAGCCACACCCCCAGCUCUCAGAAUGAGCCUCUGCUGCUGUCCAAUGGGUCCAAGGAGAGUGUUCAGGAGACACAGAUCUAAAGACACAAUGAAGUGUUUAGGAGAGAGUGGAUAUUGACAUAUGGACAGUUUUAGGAGAUCAUUUCGGGGACUUGGAGGAUUAUGAAAUUGUGAACACAUCGUUUGUAAAAAGAAAUGUGAUGAAAUUGGCACUAUUGCGACAUGUGCCAAAGAAAACACCUUUUGUUUUUGCAGUUUCUACGAAGUUGUAUCUGUGUAUAAAAUAUAGUCUAUAAUCCAAGUAGCGUUAAUUCCCUACGUGUUGUUUUGCCACAGGCGAAGAACACUGAAGAACUUGUAUAAAAUCUCACACAAACACAUUGAGGAGAACAUCACAGAUCUUUCUCUUCACAUGAUGUGUGUGAUACGGAGUGUGAGUUUAUACUGAAACUAAAACAGACUUUGGUCAUCAGAACACACACACACAUAUAUAUACAUCUACUCUCUGACUGCUGAGCUGUAGGAUUUUAAUGCACAAAAUGAGCCUCGGUUUAUUAACCGCAACUUCAAACAUACUUGCUGGUACAUGUGAGGAAAGGUGCGUGUGUGUGCGUGUGUGUGAACAAUCUGUGAAGAAAUUGAGUUUAUUGUUGUGUUUUUCAGUAUCUAUGUCUCUUUUCACUUUCAUCACUUUAACAUUAACAUCAGCUUUAUUCUCAUUUUUACCACCACAACAAACUCAACAAUAAAUAUACGACAUAAACACAGUGAAUAAACAAUAAACAUACUCAGAGUUGGUGAAUUAAGACAAAGAUGUAUUCGAGGAUCAUUUUCAGAGUCUGGUUACACUACUGCUUAAAGUUUAUUACUACAUUCAAAUUAUUAAAUUGUUAUUUAUUAUGAGGACCAAAACAGGGUUUUCAGAAACAUCUAGACCACUGCUCUUAAACACAAACAUUCACCUUUAUACCUGAAAAAAGUCAGGGAUAGAAAAUAAGAAUUGAAGAUGCAAAUUACACCUUAAGCCACAAGAUACUCAGUCAAUAUCAUAAAAUUACAAAUGUGUGUGAGAUGUAGGUUUAUCACACUUUUAUUAACAUCUUUAUUUUACUUUGUUGAAUAAUCAAGUAUCACUGUUUGUGUUAAAUCUAUGUACGCCCCUGUUCAAGAACAUGCACUUAGUUUGAAGGAUAAGCUGACUGAGCCAACAAGAAAAAUUUGUUUAGGCUUGAGUUUGACUGAAACACGGCAAUAUUUUAGACAAACUUCACCGCCGUAUGCAUAACUCGGAUAGUGCCGGAUAAGUCUUAAGUGGCACCUAAAACUGUAAGUUCUCACUCUGUGCUUAACUCAACUCUGAAUAUGGAGCUGUGUGAAGGGUAAUUAUUCCAACCCUCUCACCAUAACCUCGAACAUCAACUUACAGUAUACAAAACUCAGCUGUACACAGAGUAAAUUAUUCAUACAGAUGCCUAAAGGGAAUAUACGAGAAUGUGCUGGUGUUCUGGUGUGUUAAUGGAGCUGCACUAAAGCAUGUCUUUGCACAUAAUUGAGGCAGUUGUUUAGGAGCUAGUCUGGGAUUUAAGGGUUUAGGAAUCAUUGUAAGGUCUAACGGUUUGGGGAGGUGUUGGAUGUAAUUAGAUUUUCAGUAUAGUUUUAAUGUAGAGGUCAAUGUUUUCAGGGGCAGUGGCCAAGGGCUUAGCUGUAAAGUUUAAACCUAGUGUUUGGUGUUUAUUAGCAGUGUUUGAAGUUUGGUAGGCAGCUAGGGGAUAAAAUUACUUAUUUGGAAUUUUAGUGGCUAUUAUUUUAUGUUAAUUUUUAAAAUCAUGAUUUUAAGAGUCAAUUAUGAGAGUUUAAAUUUAAUGCCGUAUAGUUCAGUGGUUAUUAUUUGAAGAAAAUAUUUUAUUGACAUUAUGGUGCAGAUUUAUAUUUUGGAUUUAGCGGUAAGGUUUUAAAUGAUUGGAUCAAGUUUAGGGGUGAUUAAAUUAGGGAUGGUAUAAUUAUAUUAGGUUUAG